AUGAAGCCUAAUUCUGAUGAAACAAAAACUGAUAUGGACUUUAUAAACUCGCAUUUAAUAUGCAAAUCUUCUUCAUGUGAGUUUUCAGUUAACAAAAGUCAGAUUCUGAAGAGUUGUGUACAUGAAAGAAAUGGUGGCGCAUUUCUAGAAGUACAUUAUGUAGCGGAGAGAAAUACAAAGUUGACAAGAAGACGUCAUCAAUACCCUGAAACGUUAGACAAGUGUUUGGAAAUUCAUAAGAAAAUUCAAAAUACUUUAGCAGACAAAAGACCAAAACGUUUGUUGGUAUUGAUAAAUCCAAGAAGCGGAAGUAGGAAGGCCGAAAAAAUUUAUGCUAAACGAGUCCUGCCAGUGUUUGAACUCUGUGAAAUUCAAACAAAUGUGAUUGUUACCCACAGAGCAAACGAAGUUAAAGACUUGUUGAUGAAUAUCGAUUUGGAGGAAUUCGAUGGAGUGGUUGCUGUGGGCGGAGACGGGAUUUACAAUGAAGUGGUAUCGGGACUGACAGUAAGAGAGCUACGAGAUCAUGGCCAGGACCCGGAUAAUCCAGAAUCUAAGCUCUCACAGCUGAAGCUUCCAAUAGGAAUCAUUCCAGCAGGGUCCGGAAACUAUACAGCAUGGUAUCUAAAUGGCACCAAGUGUCCAGUGACGGCUGCGUUAAGGAUCGUGAUGGGACAUUGUGUUUCGACCAAUAUUGUCAGCUUACAUCAAGGAAAUAAAUGCAGUGGAUAUUCGGGUCUCAUUCUCGGGUUUGGGUUGUUUGGAGAUGUGAUGAGAGACUGUGAAAAGUACCGAUGGAUGGGGACCAGUAGAUUUAAAGUUAUACCUGUGGGCUCAGUGCUGAACAGAAGACCUGUCAACGUUUCGAUUUCUUAUAUUCCAACCGAAAAUAAAAGGCUACAAUAUCAGGAGGAUUUUACGAUUCAAAAACCAGAUUUUCUUCGUCUAACAUCUGUUCCAGUAACCAACAGAAAGAGUGCUCGAGAUGGCUAUAAGAAGAGAACAUUUUCUUUCUCGGACACUCUUGACACACCAUCAGAAUGGAAGACCGCAGAAGACAGAGUGGUAUACGCUGUGGAUACUUAUCCAAUCACAAUGAAGCCUGAUGGAACAAGAAUGACCCCAAACUUUGGCGGCAACACUUUAGAACUACUUAUAACAACAAAAUGUAAACUUGCUGACCAUUUUAGGCAACUGAAAGAAGUGGACGAUGGAAAGUCAUCAUGUUACGACUUCGAAUUUGUGAAAAAGAUUGAAGUUCAGCGAUAUCGAGUUCGAGUGUUGAGAAACAAAACGGAGGAUUUCUACUUAAAUUGUGACGGGGAAGUUAUCCGUCUUGAACAUCCAGAGUUCGAUGUCAGAUUGCAUAAACAGGUUGUGCAGCUUUAUGGAAAAGCAAAAUAAAUGACACUGGAUGCAUAAAUCAAAUCAUCCUUCGAGUAUAUAUAUUUAAAUUAUUAUUAAAAACAUAUACCUCUGCUUUAUCAACGUAUUCAUGGACAAUGAUGUAUUCUUUUUUAUACUUUAAUGAACAAAACAUCAACCUGAUGAUAUUUCAUCAUUUGAACCUCGAAUAGAAAUGUAUACCUCUGUUAUAAAAUUUGUACAUCUAUAUGUUUUAUGUCUUAUUUCUUUUUGAAUUUAUACAUUAUUUUUUGUGAAUUUUGUUGUUCAAAAUAUGUUUUACCUCUGUUUGAAACAAAACUUCGGCUAUUAUCAACGUAUUAUUUUUACAUUUAAAAAAGAUAUACCUCAAAUACAAUGAAGUAUUUAUGCAGAUUGUAUUUUACUUUUCUAGAAUAUUAUACGUUUUAUGUGAUGAAAAUAUAAUCCCUAUGAUAUUUUAAAACAUUGUCGGUUUACGAAUUUGUGAAAAGUAUAUUAUAAUUGCUAUCAAUAUUGUAUUUAUUUUUUGUCUUUAUUUAUUUUUUAAACUUAUACUUUGUUGUGUGAAAAUAAAAGGGGAUUUUUUAAAACUUAAUAUUGGUGAAAUUUCAUUUAAGGUUUGAAAACAUGAUAAAGCUACAUUUUAGGGGGGGGGGGCUAUAUUGAUUUUAGUUUUAAUUCUAACGCAAAUGAAAGACAAAUUACAUAGUUAUAUCAUAAAAAAAAUCAAAACAUAAAGUUUAGGCGUGAAAAAGUAAGAAGGCUACAAACAACAUAUUAACACAUGACUUCGUAUGAGAAAAAAAAGACUAAAUAAAAUAAAAAAUGUAUUUCUGUAAAACCGUUGAAUAAACUGCAAUUACUCCAUUCAGUAACUUUAUAUAAAAUAUUUUUAAAAUAAUUCCAUUUGUGAAAUGUUGUUUUAGAAUCAUGAUAUCAGAGUUUCAUUAAUUUUCUUUUACUGUGAAUUCUUGAUUUGUGAUUGAAAAUUGACAAAGUUUGAUCCUAUUUGAUUCUUACUAAUCGAAUUAAGGUCAAGAUCUAUUAUAUGAUUUCAACGUGUCUUUUCGGUGCUAGAACCAUUAGGACGUCAUAAUUGAUUUAGAGAAUCUUUUUCCCGUACUUUACGGCUUUAAAGAAAUCAUGAAGAACAUUAAACAAUUUUUUGACAUUCUACGUUAAAUCAUGGGAAAAGUAACCCCGAUACCUUUAAUUAAUUUGACAUCAUUUUAAAGAGAAGGCCAAGAGCUUGUUUAAUUCUGUUUUUGGAGAGACUGUAGGCAAUUUAGAUAUAUUUCAUUGGUCAAAAAUGGAGAAAUCUCUUAAAUUUGUUCAUUAUUUCCUUCACAUUUCAUUGAAAAUUACAGUUUAAAACAAGAUUUUUAAUUGUGUUCUCAUAAAAUUUAGCCCCAAACAAACCUAUUGUUAAGAAGCAUUAUUGAAAGAAUUUAUAUCUUAAAUUUUAUAAACCUGUAGGCACCUUUCAUUUACUAGAUCUUGACCUUAAGCUGUGUGUGUAGCUAUAUGAAUCUUGAAUAUGAUAUUUGUAUAUGGUCAAAGCGCGCUUUUUGAUCACCAUUAACUACAUUUAUGUAACGGUAAAAUAAUCUUACAAAUAGAAUAAAGCUGUGUGUGGUGUUAUAGAUAUUGUAUAUGAUAUUUUUAUAUUUUUGGUUAAAGCGCGCUUUUUGAUCACCAUGAAUGUAUAACAGUGCUUGGGCUGCGUAAUAAAAACAAAAUUUUCUUUAAUCAAUCAAUAAAAAUCAGGAAGAAAAUAUUGAUUCAUGUUUCAAUAAACGUAUUAAUAAACAUGAACAAAAAGUUUCCGGGAACAAAGCAUCUCACGUAAAGAUAAAUUUUGCAUUUUUGAAUAUCACGAGCAUUGUGACGUGUACAAGUCAUAAACUUACUAAAAUAGAGAAUAUUUUAUUAAGGAUGAUGUUUACUCUCUGUUUGACUCGUGAAAGUUUGACAUAUCAAGUUCAAUGUCAUUGAAUUAUUAUUUACAUAACAAUCGAUAUUUUCACUAUAAUUUGGAAUUAAGCUCAAACAUAAAAGCACUUGUAGUAUAAUAGAGGAAAUUCGGACUUAAUUUUCCAUUUGUUUUUUUUUUCAAGAACAUUUUUGGCAGUAUUUCAUUUGUUAGUCAAUAUAAUUAUGCAUUAUUUUUGUUGGUUAUAUCUUACUUAUUCAUUAAGAAAAUAUUUGGGCAUGUAUUAGUAUUGCAAAAAUAUUGAAAUAUACUUAAAAGCUAUUAUAUACACCAUAUCCCCAAAUUUUGAUCAUUAACUUCAUAUAAGUUUGAUGCCAACAGCAUAAGGUCAAUAUAAGUAGUUAAUACUAAAAAAGAUAUCAUUAUCAUCACUCAGUUGGGUUUUUGUUUUUUUUGGGGGGGGGGGAGGUUGUAUUUUGUUUGUUGGGUUCUUUUUUUGGUUGUUUUUUUUGUUUGUUUUUUUUUGUUUUGUUUUUUUUUUUUUGGUUUUAUUUUUUUUUUUUGGUUUUUUGUUUUGUUAAAUUGCAUAAAAAUGGGUAUGUAUUUGAAAACUAAUAAAGGCAAUUCGGACUGGAAAUUUGUUUAAUAAAAUAUGAUGUUAAAUUUUUCAGAAAUAUUCAAUUCCUCUUGUUUUAAAACGAUAUAAGUUUGUAGAAGAAAUAUUUAUACCUUAAUCAAUUUUUGAGAAAAAAAACAUGAAUUAAUGAAGAAAAAAUGUUCAAGAUGGGCAAGGAGAAUUCUGCUUUAAACUAUGCAGAUGUUGAGUUAUUUGCUAUUCGUGAAAUUGUCCUACGGAAAAUAAACGUUGAUAUGAGUUUCCAACUUUGAAAUUUAGAAUAAUAAAGAGAAUAUUUUGUAUUCUGAGUUUUUUAAAAAGAUUCUUGGUACAUUUAAUUGAGUAAUUAUUUUCAAAUUCCUUCUAAGGGAUUUAUCAAUGGAGUUACAAAAGUGUGAAGUAAGAAUAGAGCGCUGUUUUAAGCCAUUAAAAUAUCGAUGCACUUGAUACUUAACUGAGAAUAAGAAUAUAUCCUCACUGGUAAAUAUCAUAGCAGAAGUGCUGUAUCAAUUAAUUUUAAUGCCGUGAAAGAAACAAUUUUAUGUAUACAUACACGUACAUGUACACAAGAUGCAAUAUACAUACAUUUCAUCUUCGCUGCAUUGACGACUAAAGUAGAUUUAAACUAUUGGAAGGUAAGGAUGCAUUAAUAUCAGGACAGUUUAAUUUAAUGGUAAUUUUUCCAACCUCUUUACUUAAAAUUUACAAUCGACCAUAUAUAUAUAU